AUAAAAUACUUAUUUGUGAGAUAUGGAUACUUUUUGCCACAAAAAUGGACAAAAAAAAUAGUGGGUGGAGUCUCCACCAGUGUGGGCGGAGUCUUCAUGCAGCAAUGUUUUAAACUAAAUAAAUGAAUAUGAAUGAAAAAUAAUAGGAAGAAAUACAAAUAAAACAAUUAAUAUGAAAUAAUAAAAUUAAUUAAUUUAAAAAUAAUGAGCUGGCUUUUAGGUUUAGUGUAUUGGAUGAAAUAUGUUAGGAGUGCAGACUAUAAUCUAAAUAAAAUACUAAUUAGUAAGAUUUGGAUACUUUCGCCCCCCCAAAAAAACGAAAACACAAUUAGUGGGCGGAGCCUCCGCCAUUGUGGGCGGAGUGUUGAUCCAGCAUCACCCCGCCCUUCUGUCCUGUGGCAGCCCAGCAGGAAGCUUCACUUCUCGGCUCUGACUUUUGUGUGGAGUCGCUCUGCCCAACCAGACAUGGCUUGAACGCGCGGCACUUUUACGCCUGUGGGAACAACCAUGGUGGAAGGUCACGGCCAGGCCGCUUUGUUUGGACUACUUCAGCGGCUUCUUUCGUGACAACUUUGCGGCGGAGAAGAGGCGCGAGACGGCGGCAUGGCAAACAUCAAAGUGGCGGUACGAGUGCGUCCACUCAACGCGAGGGAAAGUAGUGAUGGAGGAAGAGUAACACUUCAUGUGGAGGACAACAAGUUUGUGAGGAUACAAAAUGUCAAGCUGGACGGACGCACAGACCACACCUUGGACUCCAGGGAGAAACUUCUGGAGUUUUGUUUCGACUACUGCUACUGGUCGGUGUACCCAGAGGACCCCCACUAUGCAUCACAGGAGGAGGUGUUCCAGGACUUGGGUGUGUCGGUGCUGGCCGCGGCUUCUCAGGGAUACAACGUGUGUCUGUUUGCUUACGGCCAGACGGGGUCCGGAAAGACUUACACCAUGAUGGGAACACAGGACUCCACUGGUUUGACUCCUCGCAUCUGUCAGGGCCUCUUCAGGUCUCAGGAUCCACUUCCCGACGGGCAGAACUCCAGCAGAGUGGAGAUCAGUUUUUUGGAGAUCUACAAUGAGCGAGUCAGAGACCUGCUCGGAGGUGGCGAGCAGAAGAAGAGAGCCUCGCUGAGAGUCCGAGAGCAUCCUGAUAAAGGACCCUACGUGCAAGACCUAUCACAGCAUGUGGUGUCAGACAGCAAGCAGGCCAUGGAGCUGCUGGAGGCAGGAAUCGCCAAUCGCAUCACGGCGGCCACCCACAACCACCACGCCAGCAGCCGCUCCCACGCCAUCUUCACCGUGCAGUAUACUCAGGCGACACUAGAAAACAACCGUCCCUCAGAAACAGUCAGCAGGAUCAACCUGGUGGACCUGGCUGGAAGCGAGAGAGCAGACGCCAGCUCGUGCAGGGACCGACUGACCGAGGGCUCCAACAUCAACAAGUCGCUCGUCACGCUGGGCAUCGUCAUUUCUGCCCUGGCCCAGAACUCCCAGAUGUCCAGCAGCUGCCAGAGCAUCAACAGCAUGGCGUCCGAGGGUGAAGGCAGCACAGCAGGGAGCCACAGCAGCUCUCUGUCUGGAGGAGGAGGGAGGAGGCACUGCUUCAUCCCCUACAGAGACUCUGUCCUCACCUGGCUGCUCAAGGACAGCCUGGGGGGCAACUCCAAAACUAUCAUGAUCGCAAGUAUGUCACGUAUGGAGCAGUGGUCCCCAACCACCGGGCCGCGGACCGGCGAUUGGUACCGGUCCGCGGACCGCACAAGAAUUUAAA